CUUGGUGUUCUGCAUGAUCCUGCCGUCCCCAGCCCAGUUCCACAGCCGUCCGCUGAAGCCUCCCCUGUCCGUCGCCGGCCAGUCUUCUCCAACCACUCGUCCCUGCAUCUGAUUGCUGGUCCCUGGAGCCACGCCCCCCUCUCCGAUAUCCUUGCUGUCCCUCUCGGCCCCUCGCCCUCGAUGACCUCCUCGGCUCCAGACCUUCCAUCCCCAACCCCUCGACCACAGCCGCCCCUCCAGCAACAGCCGCUCCAACAAAGCCAGCAGCCGCAGCCUGGCAUCGGAACCUAUGUCUCUGUCACGACCCAAAACGAUGUCACCUACGAUGGACUAAUCUACGUCUGGGAUAGCCAGCUUGGGCUGCUCGUGCUCCAGUCGCUCUCGGCCGCCUUCAACCCCAACACGACCCUGACCUGCAAAAACGACUUCCACGUCAUCAAAAUCAACGGCAUCAAGGACGUCAAGGUUGUCCCAAAGGACGACACUCCAAGCAUUCUCCCCCCGCUUGUGCCGGUCACCACCGUCUCGAUGGACAAGGCGCUUCAGCGAGAGCAGCUGAAUCUCCGGCUGGAGAAGGAGCGACAGCUCAAGGUCGGCGUGAAUGUGACUCCCGAAGCCCAGCAAAUCUUCGAUGCCUUUGCCAAAACAUACCCGACAACAUGGAGGAAUGACACCAUCGUUGUGAUGGACGAGGUUCUGAUUGUCCCACCCUACGACACCUCGAGCUGCAAGCCCAAGGACAAAAGAACCGACGACAACAUGGUCGCCCGAGUCCGGAAAGUGCUUGAGGGCGAGCGAAGAAAGCUGGGACUAUGAGCAAUCUGCAGCAUCACCGUGCUCCUGCCCUCCGACAAGCUUCUUGUAUCAUCGACGCGGAAUAUACUGCACUCCA